AUGCACUCGUCGUCUAGCAGCGACGACGGAGACUCCCGUUCCCUACUGACAGGAGCCGUGUACGUUCCUCCGCGAAAUCUGCGGCGGCCCGCUCUCGACGACUCCGAAUCGGAAAACGGUCAAUGCCGAUUAGUCAAGGCCGGACGCUCUUCAGGUUCAGGCGAUAGUCAUCUUGUACCUGCUGGAACGAGUCGGGAUCACGGAGUCUCGAGGACCGCAUCGAGCGGAGCCACGGAAAGCACAGACUCAUCGUCUGAGGGAUCUUCAACUGUAGAAAUAUUGAGGCCGCCAUCGAGAGAAGUACUCAUUCAGCACAGACCUAGUUUCCAUACCGCUAGACGUCAGCGUCUACGGAAACUUAUGAGAAGAAAAUUCCAGAGUACAUCCCUAUACCGGCCGGUGCCGAUUCCUUCGCACGACGUAGUAGAUCUCACCAAUGACAGCGACGAAGAACUUUCCAAGCCUUCGGCAUCCGGGUCGAACGACGCAACAAACUCUGAAAACCAUCAGCCUGAAGCUCGAAGUAGUCAAGCUGCGCCUCAGAACGCCACUGCCAUAAUAGUUUCUGCGGAUGCCGCAACUUCUCAGCAGCAAAUCCCUGCGAAUACGGGGUCAUUGCCGAUUGAGCUGAAUGUCGGAGCGGCAAGCAAUUCUUCUCCUUCAUCGCCACGAACCCGAGAGGUUACAAACAGCUCACCCAUCAUCACGACGGCGGAGUUUGCGGCCUCAACGCCGAGGAGUGAGGGAGCGCCUUCGCGCGUCUUGGGAAUAGAGCCCCAAGCGAGAUAUCACCAUUGCUCAUGCUGCCUAUCCAACUUCGAUGAUGUGUGCCAAUGCGGUCGACGUAGACACGGAUACCGCUGUCGGGCCUUGAAUUCGCGCCCCACCGAUAAUCACAACUCUCCGAUGGAACCAACAAUCAUCAGACUCCGCGAUGGAUCAACCCUCAGUGUCGCGCUCACGGGUGCUUCUCCACGUGCGGCGGCGGCCGCGGCGACAGAAGGAUCGGAUGUUCACGGCGAAUCUGCCGCCAUGAAUUACACUCCUGUUUCAGUGGCUCCUUAUGUAAAUCUCCCCAGCCGAACCCCUCCGACAAUGUCUGCCCAAGUUUGUAGCAAUACCGUUGCCGCCUCGGCGCACUCGACCGCGGCGAAUCCGGCUCCAAGCGCCGUGCCAGCAGCUGUGGUGAGACCUGCACGUCUGAGCUCGAACUUCCGCCAAAAUGCUCUGUGGGAACAGCAACAAAAUCGUGCAGAGCUCCAAAGAUUCAUUUCGACUCAAGUACCGUUCCCAUCGUCUCCAUCGUCAUCAUCGUCAUUACCAUCCAAUCAUCAUCACCACCAUCACCACCAUCAUCAUCACCACCACCAUCACCGCAUACGCGGUAACAACGCCUACAUCUUCUCGAAAAAUCCAUACGUUCGCACUUGGCCAUCGUCGUCGGCUGCCGUAUCUCCCUCGGCUGCGGCUCCACAAUCCUCAACGUCCCCGACCCUUCUCUCAACUCCCUCGGCAGCUCCCGUGCCUCCGGGCUCGCAUGUAGCGGUCGUAGCGGCGGUCGCUGCGGCUGCGGCGGCUGCCGCAAGAAGCGAGUGGCCAUCCUUCCCGGCACGUUCGGCGGCUUCUCCAUUCGAGUUCUACGGCAAUCUCCGUCAGCAGCAACAAACGGCCAUCCCCUCAACUUCUGGAGCCGCGCCGCAAGUCAUACCGAACGUAACCUCUUCGUCCGCUUCCGUACCUUCAUCCUUAAAUUCAUUAUUAGCUUCCUCAUCAUCAUCAUCGACAGUAGCCAGCGCAGCGUCUCCGGCACCGUCCACUUCAAGCGCCAACCAGUCGGGCAGAAAUCGAAGACCUCUGCAGCCUCGGCGCACGAUGUCCGAAUGCAGUUGUCCCCCGCCAGAUUACUUCGCGUCGUAUAAUCCUUACCGUCUGGCGAGUCGCGUCGCUCCGGCGCAGCCUCCUCCUCCUCCGCCCCAUCUGCCCCUACCGCUGGGCGACCCAUCGAGAACGUAUUUCGAGAGGCCGAUGAACCAUAGUGAUUUCCUGCGGUUGGGGGUGCUGGCGACCGCUAGAUCUUCCAUGCCCCUCGGCAGUUUCCCACCCGUCAGCCCGAUCCCUUCGAUGAUGGGCAUUAUAAGCGCUGUGAUUGACAAUUUCACCGUCAAGUACAAUUUGAAGAUAGAAGACAUGAAGGAGGGUGUGAGGUGUUCGAUCUGUCUGACCGACUACGAAGUCGAAGAAGAAGUGCGGAGACUACCUUGCAUGCACCUAUUCCAUGCGGCUUGCAUCGAUCAAUGGUUCCGCGCAGACAAACGCUGCCCUAUGUGUCGCGUUGAUAUUACAAAACGUCCUGAAGAUGAGCUACAGCGCAUCGAAGCCCAGGUUUUCAUGCCGACGCAGAUUACACGUACACCACCCGUCACUCCCCCCCCUCUCACGGUGGAUGGGGGCACCGCGUGAGACGACUGACUCGCAUGCUCUGAUCGUGAUUUCGGGGAGCGCUCUUCGGGUUGUCGCGCGAACUGAGAAUCUUAC